CAAAGUGUGUAUGUGUAUAUCAGUGUAUAUAUAGCAAGCGCGUCGAGCGCUUUUUUUUUAUAAAAGUGUACUUUUGUCAAAUCUCUUCUUAGAAGAAUUUUAACACCGCUAAGAAGAACAAGAACAUAAGGAAACAAUAAAACGGUAAAAUGCAAGAAGAUAAGUCGCAAGAGCGUCAAUUUGAAUUUCGUAAUGAGGAAAAUCAGAAAGUGGAAAAAGGAGAAAACGAUGAAAGAAUACAAGAGUACGAUUCAAAUGAAUAUAUAUCCAGAGCAAAACGCGUGCAAAAUGGAACAGUACCUAUGAAUAUCUUGGAGUUUCAUCAUUCAUUUUCAUAUGAUUGUCAAAGAUAUUUUAAUCUUUGCGUGGCAGAACCAAACAUUAUUAUUUUUAUUUCUGGUAACAUUCUACAUUUCUGGAAUAGUUCAACAAACAAGUUAUGGUUUAGAAGAGGAUAUACUGGCGCCGGGAUUGGACAUGUGACAAAAAAUCCUAUGUUUGAUCACAUUGCUGUUGCUGAAAAUGGUAUUAAACCUCCGAUAAUAAUCUAUAAGUGGCCUUCAAUGGAUAUUGUGACAAUUUUAUAUAAUGGCACAUUGAAAUCCUAUUCCCAUUUAGCAUAUAGUGCAGAUGGUUUAUUAUUAGUAUCACAAGGGGGAGAUCCAGAUUAUACAAUUACUCUUUGGAAUUGGCAAAAAUCUAAAAUUGCAUUGAAAUGUAAAUCUUACAAUCGGGAUGUUUAUAAUAUUACGAUAUCUUCAUCAUUACCUGGAUAUUUGGUGACCAGUGGUUCAGGACAUAUAAAAUUUUGGAAAAUCUCUGAAACAUUUACUGGACUUAAAUUGAAAGGCGAAAUUGGUAGAUUUGGUCAGACAGAGAUAUCUGAUAUUAUCGGCGUAUAUAUCAUGCCAGAUGGAAAAGUUGUAUCAGGCUGUGAAUGGGGAAAUAUCUUAUUAUGGGAAGAAGGUCUAAUUACUCUUGAAAUAUGCAAGAAAAAUCGGGAACCAUGUCAUACUAAAGCAAUUACACAAUUUGAAUAUAUAAAUGGAGAGCUUAUAUCAGUUGGUAUGGAUGGAUGGAUUAGAAUUUGGUUCUAUGAAACGAUAGAUCAAGCGGAUUCUGAUACUGAAGAACGUUUUCUAGAAAUUCAACCUAUUUAUGAAUAUCAUGUUAAUGAAGUGAAUAAUUCGAUGCUUAUGUGCAUAUGUAAACAAGAACCAGAUAAUCCAGAAAAUAUGUUCUGGUAUGCUCAGGAUGGAAAUGGUGGGAUUUGGUUAAUAGAUUUACAUACUCCAAAAGUAGAAUUAUCGCAAAAAAUAUUUACAUGCCAUGCAGGAGCUAUAGCCGAUAUGGAUUGUGCGACAUGGGGUCCCUUCAUAGUUACAUUGGGUAAAGCUGGACAGCUGCAUAUUUAUAAUUAUAUAGAAAAAAGGUUGAUUUUGGUAUAUAACUUUAAUGAUAUUGGCAGUCAAAUUAUUUGGUUUCCAUGCCAGAUUGAAGCAACAGGAUCGACAUUUGCAUGCGCUUUUGAGAGUGGUGUUAUCCGUAUAAUAGUUGUAGCGAUAUCAAAAGCGAAUGCCAUUAACGAUAUACGGGGAGAUUACGUUAGACUGAUUCAAGUUGUAAAACCACACAAAAUGGCAAUAACAGUGAUGUCUUUAAAUCCAUCGUGCAGUUUACUGGUAACUGGUAGUGAAGAUUCAACUGUAUUUAGCUUUACUAUAAUGACUAAUACUUAUCCUGUCAUUACGCCAAUUGGUUUCAUCAAAGUACCUUCGGGAGUCACAUGCCUUACAUGGAAACCACAAUGUGAAACGACAAUAUUAAUUGGAUGCUCGCAAGGAGAUUGUGUAGAAGUUACAUUACCAAGCACACCUCAAUCAUACACCAUUGCUUCGUACGAACUUGUUCAAUGUCGAUCAAAAGCAUUUAAAUUUUAUUCUGUGAAAUCUGCUAUUCGAAACGAAUUACUACGUUUAAUUCGAGAAAAGGAAAAAGAAGAAAAAAUAGCGAAAAAACGUGAAGAAAUAGCGCGAUUAAUUGCAGAAAGUCCCGAAAUGGAAAUUAACGAGGAAGCGUUUCUUAUAAAUAUGGAAGAAGAGCCACUGCCAGAAAUAUAUAUACCCAAAGUACCGAACAAGAUAUUGAUAGCACAAUAUAUUAGUCAAUACAUUAUUUGGUUGUUAAUGGCAGGAUUUGACGCGGGAUAUAUAUACGAAUAUCCAAGUCCGGAAGUUAGUGAAACUAUUGUGGAGAAACCUGUUAAAAGCAUCAUGAUACAUGAUGCAGAUGAUAUAGAAAUACGAAGCUGUCUAUUUUACAAGAAAAAAAAAUACUUAUUUUUGGGAAUGGAACAUGGACAAAUACGGGUCUGUAAAUUGAAACCUGAAAACUAUACAGAUCUAUCAGAUUAUUGGAUACUUUCGAUGCAUGAUAAUUUUAAUGGUUAUAUUCCAAAAAUUAUUGUCAAUCAUAACCAGAAGAUGUUAUUUACAUGUGGAUAUGAUGGAAAUUUAUUUUCUUAUGAAAUAAAUGAUGAUACACCACCUGAAGCAAUUGAGUUUGAGAUAAUCAAAGGAACCUUAUCUUUGCCGUACAUUAGUAUUGAAGAUAUUGAAGACAUUGAUCAUGCGAGCUUAGAAGAGAUGAUUCAACAGGCUGAACAUGACAGAAUUGCGACUAUGGCAAAACAGAGUAAACAUCAUACCUUGCAGAUGUUAUCUAAAUUAAGCGAAGAAUAUAGCAACAUUAUUGAGAGGAAUAAUGAGCUACCCAAGUCUCAUAGGAUAGCUCGCAAAGAAUUAGAACUGGAUCCUAGAAUUAUAGCUGAUUUAGAUAAAGAAUUGGAAGCAGAAAUGAUUAUAGUACAUGAAAAAUUGGCUUUUAAAAUAGAAAAAAGUCAACUUGGAUUGCAAAAACUUUUUGAAUACUUCAUUCAGCCUAUCACACAUUUACCGUUUGCCAUCUACAAAAUAUCGAAACCAGAUAAUCUAGUAUAUUCUCUGCGUCAACAUAUUUUGAAUAUUGAUGUUACUUUACCACAUAUCAAUGCAAUAAAACAUGUUCACGCAUACAAAACACCAUUCAAUACAGGAAUAAAUGGAAAUAGCGUAAUGGAUGAUAAAGCGCAAAAUUAUGAAGAAAAACAACGAGAAGAAGGAAAAACAGAAGAAGAGACAAGUACAACACAAGAACAAUCGGUUGCACUUUUCUUAAAGGACAUAGAUUACAAAGACACAGACAGCAGCCUUGGUAUUCAAUUAAACCAAAUGUUAAAUAAAUAUAACUUGAGAAAAACUAGACUUGAGCAACGCGAGAAAGAAUGGAAAAUUAUAUACAAUGAAAAGCCGGAUAAAUCUAUUAAUCAUAUGUAUGAUAUAUUUGCCAUAGAAGAAGCAAGAAAAACUAUUGGCGAUUACAAACUAAAAACAUCAUCGACUUUUAAUCUAUUAUCGGAAGAACGAGAUACUCUCUUCUCGAAAUAUAAGCAGCUACUAAAAUGCCAGAAAAAGCUUUAUUAUCUACAAGAAGCUUUCAAUACGAAAUUGAAAGCUGUAAGAACAGAAAAAGAACAUUUGCUUGUGGAAAUUACCAACUUAAAAAAAUCUCUCAAACAUAUACAUGAAGAAAUUCCAUUGAAAAGCAUAAAAUCUUUACCGGAUAUUCCUACAUUAAAUAUAAAUGUAGAAUUUCCCGAGAGAAAAGUGAUCAUUGAAAAAUAUGCAGAGUUGAAAGUAGACAGAGCACUACGACGGCUAUCGGUUCUUCCUGAACCGAUUUUACCUGUUUGUACAGAUGAGGAAUAUGAAGUAUUAUUUUUAGAUGAAACAUUUAUAGAAGAAACAAAUAUCUCUAGCGAACCAUUGGCGCUAUUUUCUGUUUCCGAAAGAAAACUAAAAAUUCAAUCUAUUGCUCAAGAUAAUAUGAUGUCGCUUUAUUUAAGUGAUGACAUCGACAGCCCAUGGGAACGAGAAAUGAAAACUUCUCGUAUAUUAUACAAACUAUAUAAACAAGACUGUAUAUUAAGAUAUGCAAUAACUAGUUGCGAAAAUUUAGACAAGAAAUUGAACAAACUAGAAUACGAUAGAUUGGAUAUUGUUGCCGAGACUGUUAAUAUUAAUUUAUUUUUAUUAACACUUCGUCAAGAAUAUAUUAUUUUAAGAGAGUACGAAACAAGAGAAAGUAUAUUGCGUGAUCAAGUUAACUCUAAACUGGAAGAAGUUGCAACGAUAAGGCAAAAAAUCCAAACAAUCACUGACAAAGUUGAUGUUAAAAUGAAAGAAAUUACAAAAUUGCGUAACCAGAUAAAAAAUAUGCUCCUCGAGUACAUGAAUAGGAUAAACGAUAACAAGUUUCGUAAUUUUCUGUGUAGAAUAUUUAAAAAGAAAUACAAAGAAUCGAAGGAAGAGGAUGAAACUACCACGACAACAACUGAAACUACUUCAGAUGAAACGAAUAGUAUCGACACUAGAGAAUCUGAGUUAGAUUAUUUCGAUGAAAACAUAUGUCCUCCAGGAUGCGACAAAAAAUUAUACGACUUAGCAUUUUCGAUGAGAGAGAAACGAUAUUCGUGUGAACAUCAAAUCAAAGAUGCACAACAAAUCAUAGAGAUUCUUCAAAAAGAAAUUCAAAUUCAGACAAAAAAGCUAAAAGUUAUAGAAAGUAAUUUAAAGAAAAAUGAGGAGGAUUUAAACAUGUUUAUGCUCGAAAAACAAAAAAAAUUAAACAAUGUAGAUGUCACAAUAAUAAUAAAAUUGCAUCAGUUGCAAUAUUUUGAAAAACCCGAAAUUCCACUCAAAUUGCAUGAUUGCGUUCUAUUCAAUAAAAAUAGAUUGUCUAAAUUAUAUGUGAGAAUACAAGAGUUACAUGAAGAGACACUUGAAUUGCACGUCAAACAUAAACGCGCUCGAAUGCAUCUCCAGAGAAUAAAGGUUGAUUGUAAUCAUAUGCGUGUUAAUAAUAACAAUUUAAAAAAUGAAAUAAAAUUAAAGAUAAUAAAUAAAUUUGGUCAGAACAUAUCGUUAAAUAAGUUAUAUGAAACAAUACUUCGUCGGAUGGUAUAUGACAUUAAAGCCAACUUGAAUGAUACAACAAUGUAUUUUACUAAGCGAAUCAAACAUGUCAAAGAAAGCUAUGCAGAAGAAUUAGUUAUACUUAACAAGUUGAUUCGGGAACAUACUCAAAAGUUAAGCUUUUUAACAAUUUUAGUGGAAGAACAAUCAAAGCUUCAGAAACUAUCAAAGCGACACAUCAUGUCAGAUGAGGAAAUGCUGCAGUUAGAAGAGAAAUAUAAAAGUGAUAUAGUCAAAUUGGAGAAAAUUCUUGAAAAUCAAACAAGGCAGAAAUAUCUAUUUCAGAAUGAUAUUAAAAAUCUUAAGUUAAAAAUAAAAUCACAAUCCGAUUGAAGAAAAUGAUGUUCAGAAAUAAAAGUAAUGAUAAAAUCAGAAAAA